AUGGCGGCUCCCGUCUUGCCUUUGCAGCAGGUGAAGCUCGCCUCGCUACCAUCCACCCGCCUAACACCAGAGCAACAAUACUGGCGCACCUUCAAGAACCCUCUCCUCAUUCCGUCGCCUGCCAAUGGCCCUAUCAGUCUCAUCACUCAGCCCUCUGCUCCAUCGUCUUCUGCAGUCUUCUCUUCCCUGUCACAGCCACCGGACAUCUUCACCGUGACCACCGGUGCCCGAGUUCAGAUCUACUCGAUUCACACUCGCAAACUGCUGCGAACCAUCACUCGCUUCGAUGAUACAGUACGCGGUACAGAUGUGCGACCCGAUGGCCGUGUAUUGGUGACCGGUGACGAUACAGGCACGGUCCAGGUAUUCGAUGUCAAAUCCCGCGCCAUUUUGAAGACAUGGAGAGACCACAAGCAGCCUGUUUGGGUGAGCAAGUUCUCGCCUAGCGACGCUACGACCCUUUUCACCUGCAGUGACGACCGGACAGUGCGCUUGUGGGAUCUGCCUGCCGAGACCAGCCAGCGAACCUUUGUCGGACACACCGAUUACGUGCGCAGUGGUGCCUUCAUGCCCGGCGCAAUGGCCUCAUCUGGAUUGCUGGUGUCUGGUUCCUAUGAUCGCACAGUUCGCAUCUGGGAUCCUCGUGUGCAGAGGCGUGCGGCUAUGACCUUUAAGAUGGCCGCCCCUAUUGAGACUGUUCUGCCCAUGCCGGCGGGCACUACCGUUCUGGCUGCUGCUGAUAACAAGAUUGCGGUGCUGGAUAUCGUGGCUGGUAAGCCAUUGCACAUGAUCCAAAAUCACCAGAAGACAGUCACCUCGCUUGCAUUGGCGUCCAACGGGGAGCGUCUUAUCAGUGGUGCUUUGGAUGGACACCUUAAGGUCUUUGAGACGACUGGCUGGAACGCUGUCUCCGGUUCUAAAUACCCAUCCCCCAUCUUAUCUCUGCGCGUUAUCACCUCCGGUCUGGCUUACGAGGACAAGCACAUCGCUGUCGGUAUGCAGUCGGGUCUCCUUUCUGUCAAGACCCGGCUAUCUGGUCAACAAAAGGUCAAGGAUCGUGAGCGCCAGAAGGAGAUGCAGGCCCUGCUCGAGGGUAAGUUAGAGGAACACGAUCGCCAAGUGGCAAAGAAGAAGAAGCUUCAGGGCUCAGGCUGGGAGAAGCGGCUGCGUGGCCGUGAUUUCAUUGGAGAAGGCGUCGAAAUUGUGAUCGAGGGCCAGGACAGCAAGAAGAGGAAGCGGGAACAGACCUGGGAGCUUGAUUUGCGCAAGGGCCGAUACGCCGCUGCCUUGGAUCAAGUCCUCAGUGGCCCCGAAAAGACAGCACAACUCACUUUAUUCACUGCACUGCGCCACCGUUCGGCUUUACGCGCUGCGCUCAAAGACCGUGACGAGGUCUCACUUCAGCCAGUCUUGUCAUGGGUUUACAAGCACAUUCGUGAGCCUCGCCUUGUCGAUCUCUGUGUUGAAGUUGCCAUGAACUUGCUGGAUAUCUACUCGGCUAACCUUGGCCAGUCAGCCCAGGUUGAUAAAUUGGUGGACCGGUUGCACUACCGCGUGCGUGAUGAGGUUGAGAUGGCGCAGAACGCAUAUCAGCUAAAGGGUGCCCUGGACAUGUUGAAGGCAUGA